AUGGUAAGUCACAAUGUAUUUGAAUGCGCUAAGGCAUCAAUCAAUUUCCGUGCAACUCAACAGAGUAAAAUCCCAGUCUGUAAAAAUUGGUAUACUUUCGUGAAUUUUAUGCCUUCUUUGGCAUACACUACUAUUAUAUUAGCAGGAAUAUUCGUAAUUUAUUUAAGCAGUAUACCGGCAGAUGUACCCUUUUUAAGCAUUCUUAUAUUCCAUCUACGACCUUUACUUUGGUCGCGGUUUGUAUCAUUUCACUCAGACGUUUCUGUGCUUAGUUCUUUCAUAAAGGUUCAGUGA